CCCUGGCCCCGCCCCUCACGUUCCUAGCCCCGCCCCUCACGCCGCCAGCUGCCCGCGCCGCCGCAGUUUGCCGCCGCCUAGAGCGCUUGGGCUCCUGCGCGGUCCACGCCGCCCUUGAUCCAGACACCGGCGCGGCUAGCCACGUGGACCGAAUCCGGGCGCGCCGUCCUCACGUGGUUCUAGCAUCCGCUGGGGCUUGCUGCGUUUCCCGCUUCUCUGUAAUCACCCCGGCUUCUGAGCUCCGCUCCCAUGGCGGCCCUGGUGUUGGAGGACGGGUCGGUCCUGCGGGGCCAGCCCUUUGGGGCCGCUGUGUCGACUGCCGGGGAAGUGGUGUUUCAAACCGGUAUGGUCGGCUACCCCGAGGCCCUCACUGACCCUUCCUACAAAGCACAGAUCUUAGUGCUGACAUAUCCUCUGAUUGGUAACUACGGCAUUCCCCCAGAUGAAGUGGAUGAGUUCGGACUCAGCAAGUGGUUUGAAUCCUCGGGGAUCCACGUGGCAGGACUGGUGGUAGGAGAGUGCUGCCCCACACCCAGCCACUGGAGUGCCACCUGUACCCUGCAUGAGUGGCUGCAACAGCGUGGCAUACCCGGCCUACAAGGAGUGGACACUCGGGAGCUGACUAAGAAGUUGCGAGAGCAAGGGUCUCUGCUGGGAAAGCUGGUCCAGGAUGGGACGGAGCCUUCAACCCUGCCGUUCUUGGACCCCAAUGCCCGCGCCCUGGUGCCGGAGGUCUCCAUUAAGGUCCCACGGGUAUUCAAUUCAGGGGGCACCCCUCGGAUCCUUGCUUUGGACUGUGGCCUCAAGUAUAAUCAGAUCCGAUGCUUGUGCCAGCGUGGGGCAGAGGUCACUGUGGUACCCUGGGACCACGCAUUAGACAGUCAGGAGUAUGAGGGUCUCUUUCUGAGUAAUGGCCCUGGCGACCCCGCCUCCUAUCCCAGCGUGGUAUCCACACUGAGCCGUGUCUUAUCUGAACCGAACCCCCGACCUGUCUUUGGGAUCUGCCUGGGACACCAGCUGUUGGCCUUAGCCAUUGGGGCCAAGACUUACAAGAUGAGAUAUGGGAACCGAGGCCAUAACCAGCCAUGCUUGCUGGUGGGCUCUGGGCGCUGCUUUCUAACAUCCCAGAACCAUGGGUUUGCUGUGGAAACAGACUCACUGCCAGCAGGCUGGCUUCCUCUUUUCACCAACGCCAACGAUCACUCCAACGAAGGCAUUGUACAUGAGAGCCUGCCCUUCUUCAGUGUCCAGUUUCACCCAGAGCACCACGCUGGCCCUUCAGAUAUGGAACUUCUUUUUGAUAUAUUUCUGGACACUGUGAAAGAAGCCACCACCAGGAACCCUGGGGGCCAGACAGUUCGAGAGCGGCUGGCUGAGCGCCUCUGUCUCCGUGGGAUUCCCACCCCAGGCUCUGGGCUUCCACCACCACGAAAGGUUCUGAUUCUGGGCUCAGGGGGCCUCUCCAUUGGCCAAGCCGGAGAGUUUGACUACUCAGGCUCUCAGGCGAUCAAGGCCCUGAAGGAGGAGAACAUCCAGACGUUGCUGAUCAACCCCAACAUUGCCACCGUGCAGACCUCCCAGGGGCUGGCUGACAAGGUCUAUUUCCUCCCAAUAACGCCUCACUACGUAACCCAGGUGAUACGUAAUGAGCGCCCAGAUGGCGUGUUACUGACUUUUGGGGGCCAAACAGCUCUGAACUGUGGUGUGGAGCUGACCAAGGCUGGGGUGCUCGCUCGGUAUGGGGUCCGGGUCCUGGGCACACCCGUGGAGACCAUUGAGCUGACUGAGGAUCGGCGCGCCUUCGCCUCCAGGAUGGCCGAGAUCGGAGAGCACGUGGCCCCCAGUGAGGCAGCAAACUCUCUUGAGCAGGCCCAGGCAGCUGCCGAGAGACUGGGGUACCCCGUGCUGGUGCGUGCAGCCUUUGCCCUGGGGGGCCUGGGCUCUGGCUUUGCCUCUAACAAAGAGGAGCUCUCUGCUCUCGUGGCCCCAGCUUUUGCCCAUACCAGCCAAGUGCUGGUAGACAAGUCCCUGAAAGGAUGGAAGGAGAUUGAGUAUGAGGUGGUGAGAGACACCUAUGGCAACUGUGUCACGGUGUGUAACAUGGAGAACCUAGAUCCACUGGGCAUCCACACUGGGGAGUCCAUAGUGGUGGCUCCAAGCCAGACGCUGAAUGACAGGGAGUACCAGCUACUGCGGCAGACGGCCAUCAAGGUGACUCAGCACCUUGGAAUUGUUGGGGAGUGCAACGUGCAGUAUGCCUUGAAUCCUGAGUCUGAGCAGUAUUACAUCAUUGAAGUGAAUGCCAGGCUCUCGCGCAGCUCCGCCCUGGCCAGUAAGGCCACAGGCUAUCCACUGGCCUACGUGGCAGCCAAGCUGGCUUUGGGCAUCCCUCUACCUGAACUCAGGAACUCGGUGACAGGGGGAACAGCAGCCUUUGAACCCAGUCUGGAUUAUUGUGUGGUGAAGAUUCCUCGCUGGGACCUCAGCAAGUUCCUCCGUGUCAGCACAAAGAUUGGGAGCUGCAUGAAGAGUGUCGGUGAGGUCAUGGGCAUUGGGCGUUCUUUUGAGGAAGCUUUCCAGAAGGCUCUGCGCAUGGUGGAUGAGAACUGCGUGGGCUUUGAUCACACAGUCAAGCCCGUCAGUGACAUGGAGCUGGAGACUCCAACAGACAAGCGCAUCUUUGUGGUGGCAGCUGCCCUGUGGGCUGGCUACUCGGUGGAUCGCCUGUACGAACUUACUCGCAUCGACCGCUGGUUUUUGCACCGAAUGAAGCGGAUCGUAGCACACACCCAGCUGCUGGAGCAACACCGUGGACAGUCUCUGCCCCUACCCCUGCUGCAGCAGGCCAAGCGCCUCGGCUUCUCAGACAAGCAGAUUGCCCUCGCAGUUCUCAGCACAGAGCUGGCUGUUCGCAAGCUGCGUCAGGAACUGGGGAUCUGCCCAGCGGUGAAGCAGAUUGACACAGUUGCAGCUGAAUGGCCAGCCCAGACAAAUUACUUGUACCUGACAUACUGGGGCACCACCCAUGACCUCAGCUUUCGAACGCCUCAUGUCCUGGUCCUGGGCUCUGGCGUCUACCGUAUCGGCUCCAGCGUCGAGUUUGACUGGUGUGCUGUGGGCUGCAUCCAGCAGCUCCGAAAGAUGGGGUAUAAAACCAUCAUGGUGAACUACAACCCAGAAACAGUCAGCACCGACUAUGACAUGUGUGACCGACUCUACUUCGAUGAGAUCUCUUUUGAGGUGGUGAUGGACAUCUAUGAGCUAGAGAACCCCGAAGGCGUGAUCCUGUCCAUGGGCGGGCAGCUGCCCAACAACAUGGCCAUGGCUUUGCAUCGGCAGCAGUGCCGGGUGCUGGGCACCUCCCCUGAAGCCAUCGACUCGGCUGAGAACCGUUUUAAGUUCUCCCGGCUCCUGGACACCAUUGGUAUCAGCCAGCCUCAGUGGAGGGAGCUCAGUGACCUAGAGUCUGCCCGCCAGUUCUGCCAGACCGUGGGGUACCCCUGUGUCGUGCGCCCCUCCUAUGUGCUAAGUGGUGCUGCUAUGAACGUGGCUUACACCGAUGGGGACCUGGAGCGCUUCCUGAGCAGUGCGGCAGCUGUCUCCAAGGAGCACCCCGUGGUCAUCUCCAAGUUCAUCCAGGAGGCCAAGGAGAUUGAUGUGGACGCUGUGGCCUGUGAUGGUGUGGUGGCAGCCAUCGCCAUCUCCGAGCACGUGGAGAACGCAGGUGUGCAUUCAGGUGAUGCCACGCUGGUGACCCCGCCGCAGGACAUCACUGCCAAAACCCUGGAGCGGAUCAAAGCCAUCGUGCACGCCGUGGGCCAGGAGCUGCAGGUCACAGGACCCUUCAAUCUGCAGCUCAUUGCCAAGGACGACCAGCUGAAAGUCAUUGAAUGCAACGUGCGUGUCUCCCGCUCCUUCCCCUUCGUCUCCAAGACCCUGGGUGUGGACCUAGUAGCCUUGGCCACGCGGGUCAUCAUGGGGGAAGAAGUGGAGCCUGUGGGGCUCAUGACUGGCUCUGGAGUCGUGGGGGUAAAGGUGCCCCAGUUCUCGUUCUCCCGCCUGGCGGGUGCUGAUGUGGUGCUGGGUGUGGAGAUGACCAGUACCGGGGAAGUGGCUGGCUUCGGGGAGAGCCGCUGUGAGGCCUACCUCAAGGCCAUGCUAAGCACUGGCUUUAAGAUCCCCAAGAAGAACAUCUUGCUGACCAUUGGCAGCUAUAAGAACAAAAGUGAGCUGCUCCCAACUGUGCGACUGCUGGAGAGCCUGGGCUACAGCCUCUACGCCAGCCUGGGCACUGCUGACUUCUAUACAGAGCACGGUGUCAAGGUAACGGCUGUGGACUGGCACUUUGAAGAAGCAGUGGAUGGAGAGUGUCCACCACAGCGAAGUAUCCUGGAGCAGCUCGCUGAGAAGAACUUCGAGCUAGUGAUUAACCUGUCCAUGCGCGGGGCCGGGGGCCGGCGUCUCUCUUCCUUUGUCACCAAGGGCUACCGCACCCGGCGCCUGGCCGCUGACUUCUCCGUGCCCCUCAUCAUCGAUAUCAAGUGCACCAAACUGUUUGUGGAGGCCCUAGGACAGAUUGGGCCAGCCCCUCCUUUGAAGGUGCAUGUUGACUGCAUGACCUCCCAGAAGCUCGUGCGGCUACCUGGAUUGAUUGAUGUCCACGUGCACCUGCGGGAACCAGGGGGGACACACAAGGAGGACUUCGCUUCAGGCACAGCGGCUGCCCUGGCCGGGGGCAUCACCAUGGUGUGCGCCAUGCCUAAUACCCGGCCCCCCAUCAUCGAUGCCCCUGCUCUGGCCCUGGCACAGAAGCUGGCAGAGGCCGGCGCCCGCUGUGACUAUGCCUUAUUCCUCGGAGCUUCGUCGGAAAACGCAGGGACCCUGGGUGCUGUGGCUGGGUCUGCUGCAGGGCUGAAGCUCUACCUCAACGAGACCUUCUCCGAGCUGCGGCUGGACAGUGUGGCCCAGUGGAUGGAGCACUUCGAGACGUGGCCGUCCCACCUCCCCAUUGUGGCCCACGCAGAGCGUCAGAGUGUGGCCGCCGUCCUCAUGGUGGCCCAGCUGACCCAGCGCUCGGUACACAUCUGUCACGUGGCGCGGAAGGAAGAGAUCCUGCUGAUUAAAGCCGCAAAGGCACGGGGGCUGCCGGUGACCUGUGAGGUGGCGCCCCACCAUCUGUUCCUGAGCCGCGAUGACCUGGAGCGUCUGGGGCCCGGGAAGGGGGAGGUUCGGCCUGAGCUUGGCUCCCGGCAGGAUGUGGAAGCCCUAUGGGAGAACAUGGCCGUCAUCGACUGCUUUGCCUCCGACCAUGCCCCCCACGCCGUGGACGAGAAGUGUGGGCCCCAGCCACCCCCCGGCUUCCCGGGGUUGGAGACCAUGCUGCCCCUACUGCUGACGGCAGUGAGCGAGGGCCGGCUCAGCCUGGAUGACCUGCUGCAGCGACUGCACCACAACCCCCGGCGCAUCUUCCACCUGCCGCCCCAGGAGGACACCUAUGUGGAGGUGGAUCUGGAGCAUGAAUGGACGGUCCCCAACCACAUGCCCUUCUCCAAGGCCCACUGGACACCCUUUGAAGGGCAGAAGGUGAAGGGCACCGUCCGCCGUGUGGUCCUGCGAGGAGAGGUUGCCUAUAUUGACGGGCAGGUGCUGGUGCCGCCGGGCUACGGACAGGAUGUACGCAAGUGGCCACAGGGGGCUGUUCCCCAGCUCACGCCCUCGGCCCCCGCCGCCAGUGAGCUAAACACGACCCCAGAGAGGCCCCGCCGGGGCAUCCCAGCGCUUCCCGAUGGCCGCUUCCACCUGCCGCCCCGAAUCCACCGAGCCUCUGACCCAGGUUUGCCAGCUGAGGAGCCAAAGGAGAAGACCUCCCGGAAGGCAGCUGAGCCAGAGCUGAUGGGAACCCUUGACGGCACCUGCUACCCUCCACCACCAAUACCUAGACAGGCGUCGCCCCAGAACCUGGGGACCACUGGCCUGCUGCACCCCCAGACCUCACCCCUGCUGCACUCAUUGGUGGGCCAACAUAUCCUGUCUGUCCAGCAGUUCACCAAGGAUCAGAUGUCUCACCUGUUCAACGUGGCACACACGCUGCGCAUGAUGGUGCAGAAGGAGCGGAGCCUCGACAUCCUCAAGGGGAAGGUGAUGGCCUCCAUGUUCUACGAGGUGAGCACGCGGACCAGCAGCUCCUUUGCAGCGGCCAUGGCCCGGCUGGGGGGCGCCGUGCUCAGCUUCUCAGAAGCCACGUCCUCCGUCCAGAAGGGUGAAUCCCUGGCUGACUCGGUGCAGACCAUGAGCUGCUACGCCGACGUCGUGGUGCUGCGGCACCCCCAGCCCGGAGCGGUGGAGCUGGCAGCCAAGCACUGCCGGAGGCCAGUGAUCAAUGCCGGGGAUGGGGUCGGAGAGCAUCCCACCCAGGCCUUGCUGGACAUCUUCACCAUCCGGGAGGAGCUUGGGACGGUCAACGGCAUGACGAUCACAAUGGUUGGGGACCUGAAGCACGGACGCACGGUGCAUUCACUGGCCUGCCUGCUCACCCAGUAUCGCGUCAGCCUGCGCUACGUGGCGCCUCCCAGCCUGCGCAUGCCCCCCGACGUGCGGGCUUUCGUGGCGUCCCGCGGCACCAAGCAGGAGGAAUUUGAGAGCAUCGAGGAGGCGCUGCCCGACACCGACGUGCUCUACAUGACUCGCAUCCAGAAGGAGCGCUUUGGGUCUAGCCAGGAGUAUGAAGCUUGCUUCGGCCAGUUCAUCCUCACUCCCCACAUCAUGACCCGGGCCAAGAAGAAGAUGGUGGUGAUGCACCCCAUGCCCCGAGUCAAUGAGAUAAGUGUGGAGGUGGACUCGGACCCCCGAGCAGCCUACUUCCGGCAGGCGGAGAAUGGCAUGUACAUCCGCAUGGCUCUGUUAGCCACUGUGCUCGGCCGCUUCUAGGGCCCGACCCCUCAGCCUCUUCUCAGGCCCAGCUGCUGGGCAUGGAAUCCGGUGCCCUCCACGGAGGCAGCACACUUAGUAGAUGCUCUCGGGCAUCCAGAUAGGUCAUGUGCUCAUACGCACACACAUGUGGACCACGCUUCAGACGCUGGACUGGACUGGAGCUGUCUAGCAUGGGGGUGGGGCCUCUGAUGCUGGGGCCCAGUCGGCCCCGUCUCCCUUAUUGCACCUGAAAUCUGUACUGUUACUUUUCCACUGACUUAGUAAAACAGCUGAGCUGCCUCUGGUUCUUGCUUCCUUGCAUGUAUCCUGGCUUCAGCAGAGGAUGUUAAGUGUAAUAGGCAGAGCUUUCUUCUAGAAAACGAGAAUAGUUUCCCAAAUACGAGAGCAGCCUUGCCGGGCAGGCUCAUGUUCUGGCCAGGGGAGCAGCCAGUCCCCCAUUUUCAGAGUGGUGGCUCUUUGGGGUUCUGGGCGGGAACAUGCCAUUCUACUGGUGCUCUCCGUGGCCCGCACUACACUGAUAGGUGUCCAGCCCUCCUUCCUCAAUUCAGGUGCAUGAGUCGUGGUGAAGGGAGGGCUGAGCAUCUGCGUCCUGCUAGCGGUGUUCAUUAUCCCGUAGGCCUUUUCUCUCCUCUGGUUAAUCCUCUCCUCAGUGGCUGAGGUGGCCACUGCAUCCUCAAAACCUCGCUCGGAGUUCUCCGGCUGCCGGUACUGGGAGGAGCCCCUCUUACCUACUAUCCCUGGGAGCCCGCCUCACUGGACUUCUCAGCCUGGACUAGGGUAAGGGGGGCUGAGGAGCACUUCCGCUUGGGAACCCUGGGCUGGGGGCUGAGGUGGAGUAGCUCAGGUAUCUGCACGCUAGCGCUUCUGUGGAUCCUUCAAAGUGUGUGAGCUCUUCCAUUUCAUGAACUUGAGCAGCGUUACAUUUCUGGAUCCAGCAGGCUAACUUACACCCUCUGGGUACAAAGCACCAUGUGCAGUGGGAGUAUAAGGAUGAACAAGGUAAUUCUCAUCCUCAACUUGAGGCCUCUUAGGUGGUGAGACAUCCAGCGACUUCUACAGAUUGAAUUGGCACACGAUGGUCCAAACUGCUCCAACAUCAUUCAGGAAGAACCUGCUUUGUGCAAAGAGCUAUUAGCAAGUUGCAGGGAUGGGAAAAGGAGAUGGAACUCGUUUUUUGAAAACUUAGCACGAGCAGGAACUUUCCACAUAUAUUUAAUCCUAUGCCAAACGUCCAACCGUUUUACAGACGCGACACACUCAGAAGAUUACCAGGUGGCUUAACCAAAGUCACAUCGCUAGGAUUCACAUAUCAGGACCGCUUGACUUCAAACUCACCUUUCUGUUAAAAAGGAAGAAGUUAUUUCAGGCUUUAAGGGCAUUCAGAAUCAGUGGGAGAGACAAGCCACACAAAUCUGAACCACCAGAGAACAAGUCUCAGGUGUGUGUGGGGAGCUGGUUCUCAGAAGAGACCAGCACGGGUCUCCUGGUGUCACAAGGAUCCCGGGGUUGGGGUUUGGGCUGGUUCCUGAGGAAGGGGCGAGCUGUGCCAGGUGGCUGGGAGGAGGGCGCAGAAUCUUGCCGUCCAGCUUGAACAUAGGAGUGGUAGUUCUGUGUCUGCAGCACAGUGAGGACGUACACCUAGACCCAGCAGGACCUUUCUGCUCCAUAUUGUCAGGCAUAUUGUUAGGGUUGAGAGUCUGAUGAGCCAGACCAAGAGGUUUGGAUGUAGAUUCCAACAGAAAUAGGAGCUUAUAACCGCAGGCACUGUUUGAAGAAGGGUGGGACUAGGUAUAACGUCUGCUCGUCUGGGUCGCUGAGCUGUCUCCAAUCCCCCUAAUGUUAGUCCUUCCCAGGCUUUUCAAACCCCUGACCCUGACGAGUUCUCCCUCAGGUACCUGGAGGACCUGGUUGGUUGGAAAGGAGAGCAUCAUUUCUAGAACGCUGCUACUCCUUUCUAGGACUUCAGUUACCCUUUUUAUGCUAUUCAAACAAAUCAGAGAUUAUUUUCCCAAGUACUAGGAAUCUGUCACACACAGAUUCCCACAGAACUCAGGGAGGCUUGUCCUCAGCGGAAGCGGCGUUUGCUGCCAAGAGGCACACACAUGCCACUCAGCUGCUAAGUGGUGGGAGGUGUCCCUGCCCUGACCCUUUCUUUGGCUCUGCUAAUUGUAACACAGCUCUAAGUUGAAUAAACUUCUUUCUCCUACAACCAGAAAGGAGAUCUUAUGACACUGGGAAGUAAAAAGAGACUCAGCAAGAAAUGAAAACAGACCUUUAAAGAAAACACCCAUGUGUGAGACUGUCCCACAUUCAUUAAGAAACACCCUCCUGUGCUCCAUGGGAUUAUCGUUAACCACAUAAAGUUAAUAAAGUUUCCUGGUCUCCCUUCCUCCUGAGAUACUUAAGAGAUGUGAUCUAUUUUUUUUAAGUUAACAUGGGUCUAAUUAUGUGCCAAGCACU